GCCACAGAUAAAUAAUAAUACUAUAAAUUAAGAAGAAAUAAAACGCACAACUCGCAAGAGAAUACGAAUAGCGCUUAAAGCUCAAUCUGCAGCCAACCAGCCUUAGUCUAAGUCGAUGGAGAAGACGAAGAAGCCAAAUAUCGAAACGAAACGCACAAAUCUAACGAAACGAAACGUAACGUUUAAUUUGAAAAAACAAAACAACCUACUUGCCUAGCGAAAGCAGCACAAAAUUCAACGCUCCGCCCCAAAACAAAAGGAAGAAUAAAAGCGGUAGGAGCCGCUACAACUAAUUCACAUAAGAGAACAAGUAGAAUUUAUAAAAAAUAAAUAAUGCAAACAUACAAAAAAGAAAAUUAGCCGAAUAAUGAUAUAGCUGAGAAGCAUUUGUAGUGGAAAAAUGUUUACAACAAUAGCAACAAUCGGAGCUAAAACUAGUUGAUUGCGCCUGUUGGUGGUCAGCAAAGGAUUCGAGGGACGUCGUCGCGCUGCGCAAUGCAAGCGAACAGCAGCCGAUCCACGUUAAGCGCACAAUCCUCGGGCACUCCGUCGGCCUCCACCAUAUCCUCGUCGCAGGGCAAGCAACAAGUUGUCGAACUAUCUGGUUAUGUUAUCAUUCUCGUUGAGAAUGCGGAGGGUAAAAUUAAAUUAUACGGCUCACCGUCCGAUCGCGAUAAUUUGGAAGUGGGCGAUGAGAUACUCGAGGUCAAUGGACUCACCCUGGACAAUAUAUCGCGCACCGAGGCCAUACGCCACAUACACGAUUGCAUUAAAUCCUGUACAAUUUGCUUGCGUGUACGAAAGAAAAAUGAUUCCAGAUUGGCGUGGGAUAUUGGCAACUCCGUGCAGGACGCGUUUGUCAUUGCCGUGGAGGAGCACGCGCGGGAACGUCUGCAGCGCUUGGCGGCCCUGAAUCGCGUUACGCCCGUGGAUAUAACACAGCUUUCCAAAAAGCUGCAGCAAACGAAAAGCGGCACCGUCACCAGCCAAAAACAGGACUUGAGCUUCCUCAACGACUCGACGCCCAUCUAUGUAACGUCAUUUAGCAGCAAUCAAAUCACCUGCAGCAGCGCCACAAUGACAACGGCCACCGCCGGCGGGCCCAUUAGCGCCCCCUCGCUGGUGCCCACCACAGCGACGGCGACAAUGUCGACGCCAACUGCAGCGCCGUCGUCGGCUCUGGUGAGCGCUGCGGUUGCAGCAGCCACAGCAGCAGCAGCAGCUGCCAGUGCGGAGCGCAGUGCGAACAACUCAACGACGGCGGCAAUUGUCAGCGCGACAGCAGCAGCAGCGGCGGCAGCGCUCAAGCAGCCGGCAGCAGCGAGCGGUAGCGGCAGCAAGACCAGCAGCGCCACGGGGCACAUCUAUCAGACCAGCCAGGCACAGCAGCAACAGUUGCAGCAGCUGCAGCAACAAUUGGCGGCGGCUGCUGCCGCUGGGAAGCCGCUGCAGGCGAAAUCCCUACUCGCCACCAGUCUGCAGCAUCUGGCCGAGGAGGUGGACGAUGACGACAUGGACGAUGACGAUGAUGUCGAUGGUGCCAACUACUGCGGCAUCACCUACAUCAGCUACAACAACAAGCACGCUCAGCUGCCGACAACAACGCUGCCAGCAACAACAACGUUGCCCGCUGCAGCCGCCACGCUGGCAACAACUGCGGCGAUCCAUCAACAGCGACAAUCGCUGACGCAGUUACAGUCCAGACCGUUGCCGCUGCAGCUGGGCAGCGAUGCUGUUGCUGGUGCUGCUGCUGUUGCUGUUGCUGCUGGUGCUGGCGGUGCCCACUUUGUGGAUGCGCAAACUUCAACAUCGCCGCUGGCAGCAACAGCAGCAGCAGCGCGAGGCGGCGGGGCAACAACGAUUGUGACAGCGGCAGAUAUUGCAUUGCCAAUGCAUGGACACGGACAUGCGCAUGGGACGACAACGCCAAAAACAGAGUAUUCGACGGCCAUAUCCAGCGGACAGCUGCAACAGGCGUUUGCCGAUCUGCAGCAACAUGGCCACAGCAGCAACAUCACUGGCCACUUGCAGCAGCAGCAGCAUUUAAUUUUAAGCAACAACAAUAAUAGCAAUAAUUGCAUCACAUCAGGCAACAUCAACAGCAGCAGCAGCAGCAGCAACAUCAUCAUCAGCAACAUUGGGACGUCCGUUAUGAAAAAUUGUGAUCUACUAAUAUCGAAUAAUUUGUAUCCACCGAGACGAGAGUUACUAACUACGCUUAACGAUGACGUCAUUGUGCAUCAGUCCGGCGAUUGCCUUGGCCUGCCAUAUAACACAACUGCACCAGCACAACCAAUAGCUGGAACCAGCAGCAGCAACAUCAUCGGCAGCCAGCAACAGUUGCUCAGCACCGCUGGCGCCCUUGACCUGCAGCAGCAACAACAGCAACAACAACAACAACAACAACAGCUGCAACAGCAACACAGUCCCACAAGUAGCAUAUCAAAAGGAAGAACUGAACUUUUACUUGGUGAUCAAUUGCUGCGACAAGAAUCGAGGCCACGUCGCCGUUCCGGCUCCAGCAUUGUGGUCAUUGAUGGCGAUGAUCUGAAGCCAUGUCUGCCGGAUGAUUACAUAAGUGGCCAGCAUCAUCAUUUGCAUCAUCAGCAGCAACAGCAGCAGCAGCAGCAUUAUCGCACGCACUCAAGUGAUAUUAGGGAGAUUGACCAGGAAAUGCUGACCAUGCUGUCGAUGAAUCAAGAUAACGGUCCACAUCGCGAGAUGGCCGUCGACUGUCCCGACACGUUUAUAGCACGCAAUAAGACGCCACCCAGAUAUCCGCCUCCCCGUCCGCCGCAGAUACACAACACCAACCACACAACAAUCACCAGCAUCAUCAACAACACCACCGACACCAUCACCAAGAACACAACUAAAACUAAAAAUGAUCAUGCUAACAAAUUGUUAAUUGUUGCAUAUCAUUCUUCACAUCAACAUGAACAACAACAACAUCAUCAUCAACUACAACAACAACUACACUCAUCAAAAACAACAACAACAACUACAACUACAACAACAAUUGCACUCGAUGUGGCCACACAAAAUUUGUACAAUCAAAAACAACAAACCAAAUUGGAACAAAUCGAAAACUAUGAAAACGAUCUACAAACGGAACAGCAACAACAAUCGCAGCAACUGGCGGCAACAGCAGCAGCAGCAGCAGCAACAGCAGCAACAGCAGCAACAACAACGGCAAUCAAUGCAACAACAGCGGCAACAGGCGCACAAAUAGCGCAACAACAAAUGCCCAGCUACAAGUUGCAGGCAACAUUUGGAGGCAACAAUCCGGACGCGAGCAACGGCAACAAUCACAACAGUACCGGCAACAACAUGGCCGACGAGUUGCUGUGUGUGGUGGAUGGGAUUUAUUGCAAGGGCGCCAGCUCGCCAUCGUCGAGCACUUUUGACGAUAUGCUGAGCAAACAGACGCUGGAAUCGUUCGAAACAAUUGCCUAUCGUCACUUGCAGCACCGCCAGCAGCAGCAGCAGCAAACGGCAAGCAAUUGCAACAGCAACAACAGCAACAGCAACAGCAACAACAAUAGCAACAACAACAGCAGCAGCAGCCCAGCUGCAACGCCCAACAAAUUGACGGGAAUUAGCAGCAGUAGCAACAGCAACAGCAACUCCCUGAAUAGCACACGCAGCAGCAGCAACAGCUCCAUGCACACCAGCAGCAACAGUCACAGCAGCAGCAGCGUCAGCAGAAGCAGCCACAGCAGCCACAUACCCAGCGCUCCAUCAACAACGAGCAGCUUAACGGUUCCGGACGAUCUUAGCCUGGCUCCGCCUGGCUAUGAGCUGAGUAGUCAGCAGCAGCCGCCGGCAGGCAUGUCGCUGCUGCUGCCGGCACCGGCACCGCCACCGCCACCGAAGCAUCGCGAGCUGCCCGUCGAUGUGCCCGAUAGCUUUAUUGAGAUGGUCAAGGCGCCGCCACGUUAUCCGCCGCCCGCACAUCUAUCCUCGCGUGGCUCACUGCUAUCAAAUGCUAGCUCCUCAAAUGCAUCGACCGUCCAUACGACGCUCUCCUCGCUGGGCGUGGCCACUGCGCCUGCUGCCGCUGGCUGUGCGUCUGCUGCUGUUCAUGUUGCUGGCGAUGCCCAGCGCAUUGCUGAUGAGCUUAAUGGCAACGCCAAGCCCUUGCCGCCGCCUCGUGAUCAUCUGCGUAUUGAGAAGGAUGGACGCCUCAUUAACUGCGCCCCCGCGCCACAGUUGCCAGAUCGUCGCAUGCCCGGCAAUGGCAGCGGCGCUGCCGCCCAACAACAGCAGCAGCAGCAGCAACAACAUCAACAACAACAACAACAGCAAAUAGCGCAAAUUGUGGCGCCGACGCUAGAGCAGCUGGACAGCAUAAGAAAAUAUCAGGAGCAACUGCGACGUCGACGCGAGGAGGAGGAGCGCAUCGCCCAGCAGAAUGAGUUUCUACGCAACAGUUUGCGCGGCUCGCGCAAACUCAAGGCGCUCCAGGAUACGGCAAACGCCACACCCACAGCUGGCAAGGCGCUGGCACAGCAACAGCAAACAGCAGCCACGGCGGCAACAAUUGCCGGGGUUGAAAACGAGGCCUAUCUGCCGGAUGAGGAUGUCACGCCAACGGAACACAUUGAUGGUUACGGUGAGCUAAUCGCGGCGUUAACACGUCUCCAGGGCCAAUUGGCGAAGAGCGGGCUUAGCACGCUAGCGGGCCGUGUCUCGGCAGCGCACAACGUCCUGGCCAGCGCCAGUGUGGCGCAUGUGCUUGCCGCCAGGAGUGCCGUGCUGCAGCGCAGGCGACCGCGAGUAGCGGGCCCGCUGCACGUUAGCGCGCUGGGUCUGCAGAAGGAGAUCGUAGAGCUGCUGACGCAGUCGAACACAGCGGUGGCCAUUGAGCUGGGCAACCUAUUAACCAGCCACGAGAUGGAGGGCCUGCUGCUGGCGCACGAUCGCAUUGCCAGCCACACGGAUGCAUCGCCCUCGCCGACGGGCACACUGCCGACGCCUUCGCAUACGCCAACGGUCACAACCACCACGCUCAGCGGUCACAGCAGUCCCGUGCCGGCGGCAAAGGUGUCAGCAAGCAGCAGAAGCAUGGCGGUGCUGCCGCCAGUGGUGCCAGCCUCAUCGGUGGCGCAGCGUGGAGCAAUGCCGCUGCCUGUGGCGGUGGCGGUGCGCGGUGAGUCGCCGCCGGGCAUGAGCGCAUGCUUUGGGACACUGAACGAUCAGAACGACAACAUACGGAUCAUACAGAUCGAAAAGUCGACGGAGCCGCUGGGAGCGACGGUGCGCAACGAGGGUGAGGCCGUGGUCAUCGGGCGCAUUGUGCGUGGCGGUGCCGCUGAGAAGUCUGGACUGCUACAUGAGGGCGACGAGAUUCUGGAGGUGAACGGCCAGGAGCUGCGUGGCAAAACGGUGAACGAGGUGUGCGCCCUGCUGGGUGCCAUGCAGGGCACCCUCACGUUUUUGAUUGUGCCUGCCGGCAGUCCGCCGCCGGGCGGCGGCCUUUGCAGCGGUCUGGGCAUGCAUCAUGUGGGUGGCAUGGCGCAUCGGGAUACGGCCGUGCUGCAUGUGCGUGCCCACUUCGAUUACGAUCCGGAGGAUGAUCUGUACAUACCAUGCCGGGAGCUGGGAAUAAGCUUCCAAAAGGGUGAUGUGCUGCACGUGAUCUCCCGCGAGGACCCCAACUGGUGGCAGGCGUAUCGUGAGGGCGAAGAGGAUCAAACGCUAGCCGGCCUCAUUCCUAGUCAGUCCUUCCAGCAUCAGCGCGAGACCAUGAAACUAGCAAUUGCCGAGGAGGCGGGUCUGGCUCGCUCCCGUGGCAAAGAGGGUGCCACUAGCAAGGGCGCUACGCUCCUCUGUGCGCGCAAGGGUCGCAAGAAGAAGAAGAAGGCUAGCUCCGAAGCGGGUUAUCCGCUGUAUGCGACAACGGCGCCAGACGAAACGGAUCCCGAGGAGAUACUCACCUACGAGGAGGUGGCGCUCUACUAUCCUCGCGCCACCCACAAGCGCCCCAUUGUCCUCAUCGGCCCACCCAACAUUGGCCGACAUGAGCUGCGCCAGCGGUUGAUGGCCGACUCCGAGCGUUUCUCAGCGGCAGUGCCACAUACAUCACGGGCCAGGCGCGAGGGUGAGGUGCCCGGCGUGGACUAUCACUUCAUAACGCGCCAGGCAUUCGAGGCGGAUAUUCUGGCGCGUCGCUUUGUCGAGCACGGCGAGUAUGAGAAAGCCUACUACGGAACUUCACUUGAGGCCAUUCGCACAGUCGUCGCCAGUGGUAAGAUUUGUGUGCUGAAUCUGCAUCCGCAGAGCUUGAAACUGUUACGCGCCUCCGACCUCAAGCCCUAUGUGGUGCUAGUGGCGCCGCCAAGCCUUGAUAAACUGCGGCAGAAGAAGCUGCGCAAUGGCGAACCGUUUAAGGAAGAGGAACUUAAGGACAUCAUCGCAACCGCGCGGGACAUGGAGGCGCGCUGGGGUCAUCUGUUCGACAUGAUCAUCAUCAACAAUGAUACGGAGCGCGCUUACCACCAACUGCUGGCGGAGAUCAAUUCGCUGGAGCGCGAGCCGCAAUGGGUGCCGGCCCAGUGGGUGCACAACAAUCGUGACGAAUCAUAAUAGCCUCGGCACCGGCCGCAGCGCAUCACCAUCUCCAUCUCCUGCCCCGCCUCCAGCCAAUUACCAAUUACCGAUGAUGAGCCAGCGCCCGCUUUGUAAAUACGUUUCAACUCAACCAUUUGGAGAUGGAGCAGCUGCUGUCACCGGAUCGGGACACAGGGCAUCCUUCCGCAAUUUGUAUAAUUGAACAUAUAUGUGUACUUGCAUAUGUAAUUUGCCUAUUUACUUACUUUUUAACUCGUACUUAACCCGUUCCCAUAUACUCGUAUUAUUUAUGAAUGUAUCUAUCUAUGUAACUUGUUUGUUUCAAAUGCAUUUUAAACAUGGACAGACGUUUCCUAAUAUUUCAAGCAUUCCAUUUUUUUUUUUAAUUUCCUUUUGCUUAAGUAUGUUCACAAAAAUUGUAAGUUAACUAUUAAACUGAUUUUUUUUUAUUAUAUUUUUUUUUUCAAAUGUUUAUGAUUAUUUGAUAAGAACUUGUUGAGCACUUCCUUAAUUUCAAGGGCAAAUUGAAAUUUGAAAAAAAAACGAGUUUCAGUUUUUGUAACGCUGGCCAGUCUGUACUCUAAAUCGCAAUCGAUAUCGAGAUCGAAAACCAACUCCAACUCGGAACACCCAUACUUUAACAGAUCAAAUAUAAUUCGUUAAGAAAAAGCGAAUGUUGAAACAAAAUAGAGUAAAGAGUUUAUGAAGAAAAAUAGAGAGAGAGAGAGAGAGAGAGAGAGAAGAGAUAGAGAGCAGCCAAUGGAAGAGCAAGGGCAGAAGCAAGCGAAUGUUACAAUUACGUAAUCUAUUUACUUUAUAUAAAUAUAUACAUAAACUUUACAUAUAAAUAUACACAUAAAUUAUAUGCAGUAAUACGAUUAAUUUUUAAUAACAAGCUACGUGAGAGCAGCAAAAGCAGGAAGAGUUGUAAACAAAAGUAAAAGGAUGAAAGAGACAACAGAAUCAGUACGUCAUUGCCAAAUAAAACAAAAGAAAGAAAUACGAAAAUACGAGUAUCCAAAACAAAAACAAAAACAAAAAAACACCCAAAAUACAAUAAAAAAAGAAAAUAAGCAACAUUCCGCCAGCAAGCAAAUAAAUAGUAUGCAAUACAAUAUGAAAUAGAGUAGCCAUCUUAAAUAGGCACUGUAAAAACUUAAAAAUAAAAAUGGAAAUGAAAAAAAAACAAUAAACUAUUGAACUAUUGAAAACUAGGCAUUAGGCUAAGAGAAACACAAAAUGGAAGAAGCAGACAACGCGUAGCUGUUUAAAAAAAAGAUAUAAAUGUUGUAAUUAAUUAUUUAAAACGCGAUUAGUAAAUGGCAAAA